CUGAUCCAGGAAGUUACGAGUACAUUGGGCAGUUGUGUAGUGAGAGUGGGCUGCGCAGAGUGGGGUCGCUUCGGAUCUCAGUGCGCCUUCGUCGUCCGUCAUGGAAGAGGAAAGCCAAAUCAUUCCAUUUUACAAUGGUAAGACGCUGUUUAUCACCGGAGCCAGCGGCUUCAUGGGUAAAGUCCUACUGGAGAAGCUAUUGUACACCUGUCCAAAAGUGGAGAAGAUCUAUGUACUCCUCCGGGCCAAGAGGGGUAAAGCAAUGGAAUCGAGGCUGGAAGAAAUAUUCAAAUUGCCUCUCUUUAGCAGGAUCCGAUCAGAGUGCCCAGCUGUGUUCCAGAAAGUGAUCCCUAUUGCUGGAGACGUUUCUCUGCCAGAACUGGGAUUGUCUGCCGUCAACGAGAAAGUGCUGAUCGAAGAAGUAGACAUUGUGGUUCACGGUGCUGCUUCCCUGAGGCUCGAAGCCAAGCUCAAAGAGAAUAUCAACAUGAAUACCGAAGGAACUCUUAGGGUGGUACAGCUCUGCAGGAAAAUCAAGAACCUACAGCUGUUAGUUCACAUAUCAACUGCUUUCUGCCAUUGCGAAAUGGACAUUAUGGAAGAGCAGACGUACCCGCCUUCUUAUGAUCCUAUGGAUAUCAUCCAGUUGUCACAUUGGCUCCCUGAAAAUGUCUUAGAAAAGAUAACCCCUGACUUGCUAAAACCUCAUCCCAAUUCAUAUACAUUUUCGAAGCGGCUAGCGGAAGCUGUAGUCGCCAGCUACUAUCCUGAAGUACCGUCUUGCAUUCUCAGGCCUUCGAUAGUGAUUCCCACCUGGAAGGAACCAAUGGAAGGUUGGGUGGACAAUCUGAACGGACCAAUCGGAAUCCUGAUCGGUGGCGCCAAAGGUGUCAUCAGGUCGAUGCACUGUUUUAUUGAAUAUAGUGCAGAGCUUAUACCAGUCGACAUGGCUAUCAACGGCAUCAUGGUUGCCAUUCCAAAAUUUGUAACAAACUCUUCUGAAAGGCCGAAAGACAUUCCAGUUGUAAACUUGACACAAAGUGAUACGUACGUUGUUACUUGGGGCGAUAUGCUUGAAAAAGGAAAGGAGAUUGCUUUCCAGUAUCCUUUCGAAACAAUGCUUUGGUAUCCGAACGGAAGGCCGUACAAGGUGAAGCUGUUCCAUGAUAUUUCAAUUGUACUUUUUCACUGGAUUCCAGCAUACGUCAUAGACUUCUUACUGUUGAUAUUUGGCCAAAAGAGAUUCAUGAUAAGAGUUCAAACAAAAAUUCAAGCUGGGUUAGAUGUCCUUCAAUAUUUUACAACCCGUGAAUGGAAAUUUAAAAAUGAAAAAUUAUUAGCACUUCGCUCAUCUCUCAACUCAUUUGACCGAGAAAAGUUUACUUUGGAUUUUGAAAAGAUUGACAUGAAACAGUAUAUGACAUCAGCUAUUCUUGGAGCUAGGCAUUUCCUCUUGAAAGAAGAUCCAAAUUCCAUACCAAGGAGUCGUAUGAUUCUUAAACUGUUGUAUGUUCUGGACAGAAUGGCUACCGUAACAUUUUAUGUACUUCUGGGCUGGAUCUUAGUUUCCUGCUCGGACACAGCUGCUGCAGCUUUGGAUUCUGCUAUUUCAGCGGCACAAUCUCUUUUACCUUUCUCACGAAAUGUGGAGCAACACCUUACUUGAUUCAAAAUAAAUAUGGACAUCACAAUUUCUCUUUAAAAUUUUAUGUUAUUUUGUCUAUUCUCUUAAGUGUACCUCAAUUUACAUAUUUACUGAAAUAAUCCUAGUU